AUGAACCUUGAAAACUGUCACUGUCUAAGCACCAUAAGCAACAGCAGUUGGCAAAGCUAUGAGAGAAUUGGCUACGAUCCCAUUGUGUGUGUGAACGAAUUCGUGACCAGAUUGAAGAUGGGAAGCUGGAAAGCUUUGUGGAGGAAGAUAAAGAGAGAGAGAAGAAGAUUCUUUAGACCUUCACCAGUGUUCCAUGUUCAGUAUGAUCCUACCUCCUACUUACACAACUUCGAUGAUGGCUAUUCCACCGACCCAGAUAACGUUUCUCGCUCAUUCUCAGCUAGAUUUGCAGCACCCUCCAAGAUCCUUGCCAAAAUUCAAAUGGGUCAUGAAGAUUUGGAGAUAAACCAUAAAAGUAACAUCAUGUAG